UCAGCCUAGUUUCAGCAAGAACGACGUGCUUUUGGCUGGGCCCGUCAAAGUUGCCGCGGUUUUUGAAUUGAUUUCAGGAGUGUUGUGGGGAUAUUUUUCUGCUUAAUUCGUUUUGUAUGGAGAAAAUGAUAACAAAUCGAAAUUGGUAUAUGAGGGAUGUGUUUCGAUGGCGCACUGGAGCCAGUCUAGCUUGGUCUGUGAUUCUUCUACCGGGGACGGCUGGGCUGUUUGUUCUCCUCGUCAAGAUCAGUAUCUUUCAUCCGCAUCUCUGGUUUCGUGACUGGUUGGUAACUGCACUCUCCAUCUCCAGUGUUGGCUACAUUCUAUUGAUUGCUGUUCUGACUUCACUGGUAGCCAUCAGUAAUGUCCUCUUCUAUACAGUGGUCCCCGUUGUGCAGCUGAACCGUCUGUCUGUCCUCUGGGGCGUGGUCAAGCCGUCCAACCUGCUUCACAUGGCAUGCCACACCUUAGCUGGUGGAGUGACGGCAUGGUGCUGGUCCUUCCUGAUUGGUCCACCCUACAGCACUCUGACGGUGUUGUCGAGUGACGGCUCCAAGCAGCAUCUCAACGAGAACCACUUGUUUCUGGUGUUGCACGGGGCUUACGUGGGUCUCUUGCACUCAUUCUGGCUUAUGCACACCCAGGCACAUCGCAUUGAAUUCCCAAUUAUUCAGCAACUGAAAUUCUUCCAAGUAAGAACCUUCCUGCAAGAGAGUAUCUAUGCUAACCUGAUCUUCUCAGGUCGAGCCACCGGCUAUUUCUACCUCUUAUACUAUCUGUUCGGAUCCAUUCCAAAGCAUUGGCUGCUUGUGAACCUGAAUCUCCAGGAAUCUCCAACACCUCUCAACGCCAUCAGUGGUCUCCUCAACCUAACCCUUCUGUGGAAUGUUGUCCUGACCGGCUUCAUCACCAGCCAUCUUUGGUGCAUGUCACUACAUUUAUUCAAGGUCUUCAACACAGAGGUCUAUCAAUUUCCCAUCGAGGUCCCUUUGAGCAGUCAAGAGGAAUGCUGUCUGCACAAGGCACUGACGGAGAAACACUGCGCCUUGGUUCAGUACUUGGCCUACCUGGACCUCAGCAUGCUGGCAGAGUGCGGGCGAGAUCGCAGGAAACAGGUGUUUGCGCUCAGCCAGCCAGGUGGCCACCCUCAUAAUUGGACCAACAUCUCCACGGCCUGUCUGUCUUUGAUUGACUCGCUGACUCAGCGGUUGACCGCGCACCAAGAGUGGGUGUCAAACGGCCUGGCCCGGCAGAGACGAAGCCAAGAUGACGCUCCAAGGGACAGAGGUACCUUGGUCACCAAUGGGAGAGCUGCUGCCCAGGAAGACUCCGCCACUCUUUGGUACACACCUCAGGAGCCUCGGCGCCCGUACCUACGCAGUUCCGUGGCCUCCCCUAUCACCCCGGUCACCGGGACUGACCCCGUGUUCAGCCCCGUCCUGGAAACUCCACAGGUUCCAGGCACGGGCAGGGUGCACAACGUCACCGCGCCGCCCAAGGAGAGCACAUGGUGUGCUACUCCGGGAAGUGGGUACAACCCCCUGACCGGUCAACCCAUUCACAGAGAUCAAAGAAAGUCUUCACAGUCCUCCAGAGAAUACCCUGGGCUGGGUAUGUGGUCAUGGCAACACAGACUGGACAUCUUCAAAAGAUGGCGGCUCGGUGCUUACCUUUUGAACCCUUUCCCGGAAGCUGUCAGCCGGGCCUUGUUCAUGGAUGUGCAGUUGCACAUUUGGGCUCUGGAAGCUCUGUCCUCUCUGGUGGCUGCCUCCUACCACGAAGACACCUACGGCGUGGUUCAGGGAACCCUGCCGGACAUUCUCGUCGGCAUGCUCGGCCUGCAAAGUGCCGUUGAGAAGCACUUCAAGCUUCCCACUUCCGUCCCUAAGAGGAGCCCUAGUGACUUCCGGCCUGUGCGUCUUGGCCCAGUACACCCCGACGACAGACUCCGCCUUGACCUGAAGUCCACAGUCACGACAUCACUCCAUCGAAUUGUGGCAACCUUUGGCCCCCAUUUAAAGAGUGUGCAGAUGGCCCCAGAAUACCAGCAGAAAUUAGAGCAACUAAUGGAGUACAAACAGUGAAGCCAUCCCCGAGACCUUUCUCUCAAAUGACCGUUGCUUGCCUCUGAAUCAACAGUGGAAUAUAUUCGUUUUGAUCAUAUUCCAGUAAACUAUUUGGCCUUAGAUUCUCAGACGUUUCGUUCUGGAAUAUAUGCAACUGGCUAUGCUAUACGGCUGUUUUGGGUGCAUGUCAUCGUAGUAUGCAUUUAAGUUUUUGUUUUCAUACUGACCUUGUUUUUACCCAUUUGGGGGAUUUUUUGAUGUUGUUCGGUGCUGAGACAAAAAAACAAGGUUUACUGAGGAAUUUAGUCUGCACAUGUACAUGUAUUGUCAUACAUUAGAGUCAUUCAAAGGUGUCAGUGUAUAUUGAUUGUUUUUCUUUCCACCGUGUCCAACCCUCCCAGUUUCAGUGUUAAAAACUGACUCCCAACAUCGUACAUUGCAGAGCAUGUUUGUUUUAAUAGACAAGUGACUUUCUGUUUCAACGUUUUCCUUCCCUCAAUCAAGUUUUAGGGGGAAAAAAAGCGAAACGCAGCUAAUAUUGAGGCGUCCCUGAAAAGUGGGUUGAUUCUGGAAAGCAGGAGUAUUUCAUUACUUCUGACUUGGCUGUCAAGUUUGGAGGAAGUAUUUAUGACUACGCGUAUAGAUGAUUACUUCCAUGGUCUUUCCCACUGAAAAGGGGAUUGGGGGCUGUGGAAUGCAGUUUUAAGUAGCUAUUGCAGGAUUUUGGACUUUUUCAAAUGCGGUGAACACUGCGCACAUGGGGCAGAGAUCACGGGGAUGGAGGAUGUAUCCCCCUCACUGAGGGAGGUUAUGCACCCCUAUACCCUCCCCCUAAUUGAAGUGGGACCUUGUGCCAAGUCAGACUCUGCACAAGGAUGACCUUUCAGAAAGCAUCCCCCCCCCAUUGAGACAAGAAAUCUCUGCCCAUGGUUAAGACUAGGGUUGCGCCAGAUAAAAAUUAAUUUUAGGAUGUCAAGUGCCACUUUGUUGAGUGUUAUGUAAUGAGCUUAUAUUGGGUGAGGUCAUGUGAUAAUAUGAAAUAUUUGAGGUCAUUUCCACCUGUUCUUAAGCCUCAUUUUGUGGGUAUUUCAUUUGGUCACCAACUCUGUAAUUUUCGGUAUGGUUCUUAUUUCCCUUACCAAUUCUGUACAAAUUGUACUGUGUGAAUGUUGUGUUCAACAUCUACGCAAGCUUGAUAUGAGUCCUCCGGCUUUUGUCAGAGAAUACUUUGUUAGAGCUUUAAUGAUACUCUGGCAGAUUGUGAACCAUGGUAACCAAUGGUAACCCAUGUUGGAGGUAAAUCUCCAUGAGUGCAUGAAGUGUCAUCAGAGAGGAUUUAUUAUCAUUAUUUUUUUUUUUGGAAAAAAUUAAAAAAUGGGUAGAAAAUUUUGGCAUUUUCUUGUAAUAUAUUUUCAAAGAUUAAAAAGUGUUGAAAUGGUUCACUACUUGACUACAUUAAUCAUUAAUGCAGUUGUAUUUUGCCGCACCUAAACCUGACCAUUUGCUCAGUGCAUGGCACAUCUGGUUCCUUCAACCUCUAAAAUCUGUACCUGAAUAAAGCAACAAAAAGAUUGAAA